CCAAACGACGUUUCCAGAGGAUUGCCAUGUCCGAUUCGUCCGUGCCGCCGCCACCGCCGUCGGUCAACGGCACAGGUCCCGUUGAUGGAACCGCACCGCCCCCACCGCCGCCGUUCCUGGGCAUCCCCAUCACGGACCACGCCGCAUAUCUCUCUCAGGUGUACAUUGGGUUGACAUCAGUGCUCCUCGCCCUAUGCAUCCUCACAUUUUGCACACGCAUUUACCAGCGGGUGAGGCCGGUGUGGAAGGUGGGACUCGAUGACUGGUUCAUCAUGGUCGGAUUCGCUCUCGCUGUUGCCGACUGGGCUAUGCUGCUUCCAAUGAUGGUUCCGGAGGCCGGGUACAUCUCGCUUGACCGCGCCAUGUUGGCGGGCAAGAACAGCUGGCUUGCCAUACCUAUUUGGGGAUUGGCCAUGACGUGCAUCAAGAUAUCGAUUGCUCUGACGCUGCUGCGUAUCCAAGAAAAGGAGCGAACCUGGCGCAUCUUUCUGUUCACCAUCAUCGCCGUGCAGGCCAUCUACGGGGUCGGCAAUACCAUCUUCGAUCUUGGCAUCGCGUGCCACCCUCUCGCGGCGGCCUGGGACAUUACCAUCCCCAAUGGCACAUGCGUGUCGGUAAAGGUCAUGCAAACCGUCUCCAACGUAGGCUCGGGCAUCAACAUUACCACCGACGUGCUGCUGUCGCUGGCACCGGCCACCUUUCUGCGCAAGCUGAACCGCCCGCUGCGCGAGCGCAUCUUCGUUUGCGUGCUCAUGGGCAUGGGCCUCGUGGCCACCAUAUCGUCGGUCCUCAAAACGGCUCUCAUCCAGAGGUGGGGCGAUCCGCUCACGACCGACGACUGGUGGGCCAUGGGCGUCAGCAUCUGCACUUACACGUCGCUCGAGCAGCUGCUGGGCGUGCUCGCCGCCUGCGUGCCCGCCCUCAAGGGCAUCCUCCAGCGCUGCCUGGGUCGCGUCGGCGUGUCUCUCACCGACUCGCGCUCCCGUGGCCAGGGUUACUACCUCGAGAACAACCGCUCGGCCGGUGGCAUGAGCGGCGUCUCGGGCGCCGUUCGCGGUACCGCCCACAGCCGCACCAAGAGUGGCGAUGGAUUGCCCAUGGGAAGCUCGUCCCGCUUCGGCCGCGGCACCAAGGACGACAUGCUCGACGACGACGAGGAGUGCCUCGACAUGCCCGAGAUCCACAGGAGCCACUCCAUCCCCAAGUCGUCAGGCACGAGUGGGUCCGGGUCGCUGAAGAACGGCAUCGAGGUUGAAUACAGGGAGCAAUUACCAGCGCAUGCUGUUUGAUUGGAGUUUCUUUUUUCUUUCGGUUUUUUUUCUUUCGGUUUUUUUCUCUCUUGGGCUUUUCUGUUCAUCGGGCCGCCUUGCCUGACAGUACUGGUUGCACUUGUACAGUAGCAUCUCUGGAUUUAGUCUAGGACCUGGAUCAAGCUCCAAUACCUGUUAUUCGGA